GUUAGUAGGAAUUGUUCCUAGAUGGAUUACAACUUACAAGGAAGAAUUGUUCCAGAGGAAUCUAAACUCUGAACUGACAGAUAAUGGAUCCUCGCGGGACUGUAGUAUUCGCCACCGUAGGCAGACCUCAGUACGGCUUCGAUAUCUUCUCCGUCCAACCCGAUUCCGCUAGGCCCACCGAGCGCCGCCUCACUGACGGUGUCUCCGUUAAUUUCAACGGCCAGUUCCUCGACGAAGGCGAGGCGCUAGUCUUUGUCUCCGAGCGAUCUGGAUCGUCUCAGAUUUACUUGCAGCCAAAUUCCUCCCAUGUCGGGAAGCUCGAGCAGUUGCUAUCUCCCUCCGACAGCCUCUUUCAUGACCGUCCCUUGAUUAAGAACGAUGGACGCCUGCUUUAUAUUUCGGCUCACGAACCACCCGCGGAGCCGUUCAAGAGCUGGUCAGCUCUGUACUCCACCGAUCUUCGCCAGAGGAAAAUCACUCGGUUAACCCCUUACGGCGCCGCCGAUUUCAGCCCUUCUGUUUCUCAGUCCGGCAAAUUCAUAGCCGUAGCCUCUUACGGAUCUCGUCCUUGGGGAGGCGAGUUUCACGAUCUCCAGACAGAUAUUGUCGUUUUCUCCGACUCGGAUCCAGCGGAGCGAAUUAUCCUCUGCCCACACGGUGGUUGGCCUCAGUGGUCCGGUGAUUCCACCGUCUACUUCCACCGCCAAGCCGACGACGGCUGGUGGAGCAUCUUCAAGGUGGAUCUGCCAGAAGGUUUCAAACCUUCUGAUUACUCAAAUCAAAACUCAUAUGCUGCUGCCCCCGUUCGAGUCACUCCUCCAGGCCUCCACUGCUUCACCCCCGCAGCGAUGCACAAUUCAAGUAGAAUCGCCACCGCAACCAGGCGGCGAGGCAGUAAAUACCGGCACAUUGAAAUUUUUGACGUAGAGUCCGGCGAGUUUUAUCCGGUGACGGAAUUGCUGAACCCUAAGUGCAACCACUACAGCCCGUUUCUUUCCCCUGAAUCGACCGUGCUGGGUUACCAUCGAUUCAGGGGCGAAUCUUCGGACAUAAUUCCACAUUUGGAUCCCGUGACAUCGCCCGUCAAAGACCUUCGGUUGCUCAGACUGAACGGAUCAUUCCCUUCCUUUUCUCCGUCGGGGGAUUUUAUCUUGUCCAGCGGCGACUUGGAGCCCGACUCGAGCCUCCUCCCAGCCCUCAGCAUUGCCAGCUCAGACGGCUCUAAACGCUGGACGCUGUUAAAGGACCGUAUGGCAUUCGGCAACUCAUGGAGCCCAACGGAGCCCGGAGUGAUUUUCACGUCCAUAGGGCCUAUAUUCGAGUCCGUCAAAGCUCCCGUACAGAUAGCUCGUGUAACUUUUGAUCCCCAAGAUUUGACCGACGAUUCUCUGGAGAAUAUUAUCCCAACAGACAUCAAAAUUCUGACCAGAGAGUCCUCUGGCAACAACGCAUUUCCGUCGUGCUCGCCGGACGGGAAACUCGUGGUCUUCAGGUCUGGUCAUUCCGGACACAAGAAUCUCUUCGUGAUAGACUCUUCCAAUGGAGAAUUCGAAGGUGGGAUCCGCCAGCUAACGGACGGGCCUUGGAUCGACACCAUGCCUAGCUGGUCACCCGACGGCAGCCUGAUCGCGUUCUCUUCCAACAGACACAAUCCGGGUGACGCCACGCGGUUCAGCAUCUACGUCAUCCGGCCAGACGGCACGGGUCUUUGCAGGAUCCACGUGGCCGGGCCGCCGCCGCCGCCGGAAGGAUCAUCUUCUCCUGAGUACGAGAUGAACGACAGGGAGCGGCUGAACCACGUGUGUUUCAGCUCGGAUGGCGAGUGGCUGCUGUUCACGGCAAACUUGGGUGGGCUGACGGCAGAACCUGUGUCGCUGCCCCACCAGUUUCAGCCGUACGGCGACCUAUACAUGGUGAGGCUAGAUGGGACUGCACUGCAGAGGCUGACGCUAAAUGGAUAUGAGAAUGGCACGCCGGCGUGGCACCCCAAAGUGGCGGAUGACUCGGGACGCAAGAGCGCCGGUCAAAAAUUAAUAGGCCAUUUUGACGAACCUACAUGGAUCACCUUUGACCUCUGAGUGCUUUUUAUUAUGGCUUUAUUGCUACAAC